AGUAGCAGUUGCAGGAACCUGUUGCCGGAAAAGGGAAAGUAUAUCCGCAACAGGUGGCGGCUGCUGCACAGAGUGCGCUAGUGGGGACGGAUGGCGGUUGCGCGCAGAAAACUCUUGCAAAGCAGGCAAGUGGGGUCUCUGCUCCUUUUUCUGUGCGUUUCUCUGGCGGGUGCAGCAACCAUCCGCUAUUCGGUGGCGGAGGAGAUGGAGAGCGGUUCGUUUGUGGCUAACGUGGCUAAGGACCUGGGGCUGGAGGUAGGGAAGCUGGCUGCGCGCGGGGCGCGGCUCGUUUCCGAGGGCAACAAACUGCACUUCCGGCUCCACCGCAAGACAGGGGAUCUGUUCGUGAAGGAGAAACUGGAUCGGGAGUCACUUUGUGGCAAAGCCGACCCGUGUGUUCUGCACUUUGAAAUCGUCCUGGUGGAGCCGCUGCAGUCCUUCCGUGCCGAGGUCCGGGUGUUUGAUAUCAAUGACAAUGCCCCGAUUUUCCCAAACAAGGAGCCACUUUUAAAGAUUCCGGAGAGCACCCCACUGGGUUCACGGUUUCCUCUACAGAGCGCCCAGGAUCUGGACGUGGGUCUCAACGGUCUCCAAAACUACACCUUGAGUGCCAACACCUAUUUCCACCUGCACACCCGCUUCCGCAGCCACGGGCCCAAAUAUGCUGAGCUGGUGCUGGAUAAACCCCUGGACAGAGAGGUGCAGCCGGAAGUCAACUUGACCAUUAUGGCGGUGGACGGCGGGUCCCCGCCCAAGUUUGGCACUGCCCACAUCCGCGUGGAGGUCCUGGAUGUCAAUGACCACGUGCCCCAGUUCUCCCGCCUGGUGUAUCGUGCUCAGGUACCAGAAGAUAGUGCCAAUGGUUCUUUGGUGGCCACGGUGACUGCCACGGACCUAGACGAGGGCUCCAACAAGGAGGUAACUUACUCUUUAGCUCAAAACCCAGAAGCAAUUCUCCAGACAUUUCAGAUUGACUCUGAAACUGGAGAGAUUCGACUCAGAGGGCCCCUAGAUUUUGAAGCUAUUGAAACUUACGACAUUGACAUUCAAGCUACCGAUGGAGGAGGCCUCACUGCCCACAGCAAAGUCCUGGUGGAAGUGGUGGAUGUGAAUGACAAUCCUCCUGAAGUGAUGGUCUCCUCUGUGUCCAGCCCUCUUCCUGAGGAUGCCCCGCUACAGACGGUGGUGGCCCUUUUCUCUAUCCGAGACCGGGACAUUCGGGUGGGAGGAAAAAUCACCUGCUUCCUCAAAGAAGACCUUCCCUUUGCAGUCAAACCUACAUUCCAGAAUUCUUACUCGCUGGUCACUGACAGAGGCUUGGAUCGAGAGGAGGUUUCAGGCUAUAAUAUCACCCUUGUUGCCAUGGAUACUGGGCCACCCAAUCUCUCCACAGAGACUGUGAUAGAGGUGCUAAUAUCUGACAUUAAUGACAAUCCCCCAGUAUUUCAGGAAGACUCCUACAUCUUGACAGUUCGAGAAAACAACAGUCCUGCGGUUUUUAUUGGCAAAGUCCAUGCUGAGGAUCUAGAUUUGGGUGAGAAUGCCCAAGUAACAUAUUCUCUACUGCCUCCAAAAAGUGGAGAUCUGUCGGUCUUUGCUUAUAUCUCCAUAAAUUCAGAUAAUGGGAAGCUAUAUGCAUUGAGAACCAUGGAUUAUGAGGCCAUUCAAGAUUUUCAGUUUGUGAUAAAGGCAACUGAUGGGGGCUUCCCGUCACUGAGUAGCCAGGUUACUGUCAGAGUGGUGGUUUUGGAUGACAAUGACAACCGCCCAAUGAUCUUGUAUCCACUGCAGAAUGGCACAUUGCCCUGCAAUGAUCUGGUGCCCAGGUCUGCAGAGGCAGGCUACUUGGUGACCAAGGUAGUGGCUGUGGAUUGUGACUCAGGUCAGAAUUCUUGGCUUUCAUAUCAUCUACUUAAGGCCACUGACUCUGGGUUAUUCUCUGUUCAGCAACAAAAUGGGGAAAUUCGUACAUUGCGGCAGAUAUCUGAGAGAGACCCCAUAGUGCAGAAACUGAUCAUUUUCGUUCAGGAUCAUGGCCAACCAGCUCUUUCCACUACUGCCUCACUCAACAUUCUGCUGGUCGAUGGCUUUUCUGAGCCCUUUCUGCAGUUCCAGGAUCCAUCCAAACAUCCUACAAGGGUAAAUCCAUCCACUAAAUAUUUGGUCAUUUCUCUGGCUGUGCUUUCCUUUCUCUUUCUCCUCUCUGUCACAAUGAUCUCCAUUGUACACAUCUACCAGAAAAUUAGAUACAGAGAAAAGAUCACAAUUCAAGAGCAUUUCUAUGAUGAUUGUAAUUUUCCUAACCACCGGGUACAAGGAGGAGCCAAAGGAUCUUUAUCCCAGCCUUGUCCCUAUGAAAUGUGCUCCGCCACUGGCACUGGUACUAGUGAGUUCCGGUUUCUUAAGCGCUUUAUGCCCAACUUCCCCUUCCCCCCUGGCACUGGGGAGGUAAAAACAGAGGCUGGGUCCAGUUUACCACUCAGGGAUAGGUCUCAGGGGCUAGAGGGCCAUGCAUCUGAUGACUAUAUGUAGC